CAGAAAUUCUGUUUUGCAAACACUUGCUGUAAUUAUGCUGUCGAAUGAGGACUCUCCAUUAUUAAACUAUCGACUCUUUAGUGUGGUUGGCGAUGGUGUGGGACAGGAAGAAGGCACAGAUAAUGGGCAGGUUGUUGUGUGCAGCAGCACUGGGACCUUGCCUGACCAGGACAAGAAGCUGUCCACUUUCUUUGGUGUAGUGGUACCUACUGUUCUGUCUAUGUUCAGCAUUGUGAUCUUCCUGAGAAUAGGUUUUGUCAUUGGCCAUGCAGGAUUUCUUCAAGCCGUCCUGAUGCUGGUUGUUGCCUACAUAAUUAUCAGUCUGACUGUACUCUCGGUGAGUGCCAUUGCUACAAAUGGAGCUGUGCAGGGAGGAGGUGCUUACUUUAUGAUCAGUCGCACGCUUGGCCCAGAAUUUGGGGGCAGCAUUGGUCUCAUGAUCUACCUUGCUAAUGUAUGUGCCUGUGGAGUAUACAUCUUAGGGCUGGUGGAAGCAAUCCUCGAUGAGUUUGGAAUGUUGCCAGGAAGUUCAGUGGCAGAUGGGACCCAUGCGCUUCCUCAAGGUUAUCUGUACAGCGUGAUGUAUGCCUCCAUAAUUCUUCUGCUGUGUAUGAUCAUAUGCAUGGUGGGUGCUGAUAUCUACUCCAAAGCCUCCUUUGUUACAUUCCUCCUUGUAACUCUCAUACUCAUAACCAUCCUAGUCAGCUUCUUCGCAGUGAAGCCACAAGAGAUCCACAUUGUUCAUACAACAACAACUGGGACCAAAACCUACAACACCAGCUACACCGGAUUCAAUUCUUCCACAUUUAGAGAUAACCUGUUUGGAGAUUUGAAGAAUCCAAGUAGUUCUAUUCCAAAAGGAACAAUCGUUGCAGUGGUGUAUACCUUCUUUGUUUACCUUCUUCUCUUCUUCAUGGUUAGCUUCACCUGUGAAAGGGUGCUUCUCCAGGAGGACUACAGUUUCUUAAAGAAGAUCAAUGUUUGGCCACCCUUUGUAACAAUCGGAAUCUAUUCUGCAUCGCUGUCUGCUUCCAUGAGCUCACUGAUUGGAGCUUCACGUAUUCUGCAUGCUCUCGCCAAGGAUGACCUUUUUGGAAUCCCCUUUUCUCCAGCCAAGAAGACAUCCAAAGGUGGCAAUCCAUGGGUGGCAGUCCUGUAUACGUGGGGGUUAGUUCAGCUGGUUCUGUUUGCUGGCAAACUGAACACUAUAGCUGGUAUCGUCACGAUCUUCUAUUUAAUGGCAUAUGCAGCCGUCGACCUUGCCUGCUUGGCACUUGAGUGGGCUUCUGCUCCAAACUUCAGACCAACCUUCCAAGUCUUCAGUUGGCAUACAUGUUUACUGGGAAUUGUGAGCUGUUUCGUUAUGAUGUUUCUCAUUAACCCUGCCUAUGCCUCUGGCAGUAUCGUUCUCAUGAUUAUUCUUCUUGGCUUUAUUCAUUAUCGAGCUUCAACCAGCAGCUGGGGCUAUAUCAGCCAGGCCCUCAUCUUUCACCAGGUGAGAAAAUACCUCCUGCUGCUGGAUGUACGAAAAGAGCAUGUCAAGUUCUGGAGGCCUCAGAUCCUGCUCAUGGUAGCAAAUCCUAGAACAAGUUGUGAGCUCAUCCAGUUUGUUAAUGAUCUGAAGAAAGGAGGCCUGUAUGUGCUGGGACAUGUGCAAAUUGGAGAUCUUGGGUUUCGUGCAUCACAGCUUGCAUCUGGCAGCACUAAUACUUUGGAUUAG